AUGGCACCCCAAAAACCGGAGACGUUUAUGCUGAGCACGGAGGCUCAGCAAGCACUACCACAUGAUGCUCAGGUCGCUCUGCAGCAAGUUGAUAAUUUGAAAUAUUUUUUGAUCUCCGCGCCUGUUGACUGGCAGCCAGAUCAGUACAUCCGGAGGUUCUUGUUGCCCACCGGGGAAUACGUUUCCUGCGUGCUAUGGAACAACCUCUUUCACAUUUCUGGAACCGACAUUGUGCGAUGCCUGUCUUUCCGAUUCCAGGCUUUUGGCCGCCCGGUGAAGAACUCGAAGAAAUUCGAAGAGGGUAUCUUCUCAGAUCUGCGAAACUUGAAGUCUGGAACCGAUGCGUCCUUGGAGGAGCCCAAGAGUCCAUUCUUGGACUUCUUGUACAAGAACAACUGCAUUCGUACACAAAAGAAGCAGAAGGUCUUCUAUUGGUACAGCGUACCUCAUGAUAGACUCUUCUUGGAUGCUCUUGAAAGAGAUCUGAAGAGGGAGAAAAUGAGCCAGGAGGCAACCACUGUCGCCGUCAGCGAGCCUGCUCUGUCAUUCCAGUAUGACUCGUCUCAGUCUCUCUAUGAACAAUUGACGAAGGCUCAACAAGCCAACUCGUCCUCGUUCAACGCGCAACAAGUUUCUUUCCCCCCCUCGCAGUCUACCUCACCAGUAAUGCGAGCAAUCGACUCCAUGCCGCCACCGCAAAUGAUGCCUCAAUCGAUGGCCCCUUUAGCGGAUGGGAUGGACGCCAUGGUCCCGUAUGGCACGAUGACGAUGGCGCCGCAAAUGGCCCAGCAAGUAGUCAAGAGGGAGCCUGACUUCAACCGAGUUCAGUACAACCAGAAUGGCGUGCCAAUCGCUCAGACUCAUCAGAGACAUGCUUCAAUGCCUGCCUAUGGUCUCGAGUACUCGCCUGCUCCUUCUUUCGUCUCUUCGCACUAUGAAGACUACAGCAAUCGGGGAAUCUCCUUCGAGCCCAUCACGCCUCCUCAGCAGGCGCUGGGCAUGACUGCUGAGCCAGCAUACAUCGCAAACGAGGAGACAGGCCUGUACACUGCUAUUCCCGAUCACCUGAACGGUGUCAACGGAAUGAAUGGCAUGAUUCAGCUGCCACCAUCCAACCUGGCUGGGCCCCAGUUCUCUCGUGGUUACGGGACUAACAACGUCUACUCUGUGAUUGAAGGCUCGCCGACAUACAAGCAGAGAAGGCGGCGUUCAUCUAUCCCACCUGGCAUGUCGGCCAUUGCCGCUGCCACCGCCACCGCGGCGGCCCAUAGACCAUCAGAUCUUCGACGAUCUGUGUCAGCGUCUGUUGGUCCUGUUGCUGAAGGUGAUGAGUCUUUGGACAACUCUCCCCCUGGCUUGACAUAUAGCAACUCAGGCAUCUCCCUGUCCAGCCAACAGCAGAGAGAGAUGCUCGAGAUGUCUCGCCAUGGCACCCCGCUCUCGACCGUCGAGGGCAGUCCUGCUCUCAACCCAAUGAGCCUACAACAACAGGACUUUCCUCAGAUGACGAAUGAAGAUAUGGCUAUCAAUAGUUCUAUGGAAGAGCAAAGACGGGCAAUGCAGGCAGCACCAAAUGUUGUCCGCCGUGCCCGCUCUGCGACCGUCAUGGAGCUAGGUCCAUAUCCCCAGAAAUCCCACUCAUGCCCGAUCCCCACGUGUGGCCGUCUCUUCAAGCGCCUCGAGCACCUGAAGCGCAAGGCAUUCUCCAGAUCAGACAACCUAGCACAGCACAAGCGAACACAUGAUCGUAGCGACGGUGCCGAGGGCGGCUUCAACCUGUCUGGAGAGGAAGAGGAAGAAUACUCUGGCGAGGAUCAGCUUGGAUCUCUCGAGGAGGCCUCUCCAAACUCGGAAGCUGGCUACAUUACGACUUCUCUGAACUCCGUUGCCAACAGUACCCCACCGACCAGCAAUGGCAGCCUUCCGACCUCGAUGCCUCACCAGGCCUUCAACAGCUUGCAGACUUUGAGCAUGCCGAUGACCAUCAGCGCACCGCAGGCUAUGAAUGCUGCUGUGAUGAUGUAA